AUGGAGAAACUUAAUACAAUAGAAAGUAUGACCCAGUCCAAUAGACAGUCUAUAAUAAAGAUGGAAGGAAGAAUGGAUAACCUCGAAUAUAAAAUCAGACAAAAUUCUUUAAGAGUUGUUGGUUUGGAAGAUGGCUCAGACGAAAACUUAGUGUCUAAAAUGCUUACUCUACUCAAUGAUGCUGUAAGGGUGAAAUGUUGUUUGCAAGAAAUUAACAAUGUUUAUAGAAUGGGUAAAAUGGAAAUUGGGAAAUCAAGAGUAACAAUAGUUUCAUUCACAUCAGUCUUAAAACGCAAUGAAGUUUUUAAUAACAGAAGAAAUCUUAAGGGGACAGGCAUUUACAUUAACGAGGACCUGACAGCAAAGCAACAUCAAGUAUUGCUGGCAGCAAGAAGGAAAUAUGGCAUGAGAAACGCAUGGUCGACAUAUGGAAGAAUUUUGGUUAAUGAUGGCAACAGCGUACAAGCGUUUAAAGAGGCAGACAAUGUUUAA